GGCAUCCCCAAACAACAAUUACAUUUGUUGAUGAACAUACACAUUUGACCAUUAAUACCUCUCUUCCCCCCUCUCAUCCAUUCAACAUAUGGUAGUUCGGCAUUUAUAUGGCAGCCAUAUCCUUAUCACCGACUCCUGUUCCUCUUUCCAAUAUGUCUGGUCGACGAAUUCCUCUAUCAUCAAACCAAAAUGUGGCCAAUUCUCCCAUGCGAAGCUCUGCCCUUGCCAAGCACAAACGCCCUUCAGCUCAGGUGCAACGAGAGGAGCAAUAUGGCCAACCGCCCCCAGCCAAGAGGCAGGUCAUUGAGAGUGGUAGUCAACGCCUAUUGAAAUCUCCCUCGCAUCAGCAACGCAGUUCUAGGAGCCAGAUUCCUAUCCAGACACGCCGUAAUGCAAACAGUUACGAGAACAAGUUGGCGAGAGAAAGAUCGGGUCAGCAUCACCAUCACCAGCAACCUGUAUCUGCCACUCCCGAGUACACCGAGAAGGACAUGCAAGAGAUUCUGAAUUGGCAAAAGCAUCACCGAAACAGGUUCCCCAAGCUACUGUUUUAUUUUGACAAGGUCCCCAAUGACGCCCACAAGAAAUUGACUAAGCAAAUCGCCGCUCUGGGUGGUCACGAAGCGGCCUUUUUCUCUAUCGAUAUUACACACAUCAUAACCACCCGUCCAAUCCCCCUUCCUCUGGACCACCGAGAUGAGGAAAGCAAUGCCGCCGAGAAGCAUGCCGAGGCCAUGCAUGAAGAGGAACGGGGGCAUGAUCAUGAAGAGGUGAAGACCAUUAAUCCAUCGCUACUAACUCGGCUAUCCGAGGCUUCUACAAAACGAAGGGUCCUUGAUGGAGAUAUUCGAUCCCGAAAAACGUCGUAUACUCAAGUUGAGUCCCUAAACCAGCCGAAGCGCAACACAGACGUCCUCAAUCGUGCAAGAGAAAUGGGGAAGAAGAUCUGGUCGCUAGACAAGUUGCAGCGUAUGGUAACUCUACUUCUGGAGACAGAUCCUUACGUCAGUGCUGAGAUGGCGCGUGGAGCGUGGAAAUCGAGAGAGGUCGAACCUCGAACCACGGAGGAUCGUAAUCUCCUACAUCUUCUGCAUAACGAACGAGUCAACGGACCGUCCGAUCGAGAUCCCACCGUCAACGAGAAGGAGUUGCAUUAUUUUAAGGGCCCGUACAUAUAUGUAUACGAUAUGGAAGAGAAGCAGAAGCCGAUUAUGGUCAGAGAAUAUAAAAAGGUGGCCGAGAAAGGAAAGGGCGACUGGCCACAGUUCCGUACUGCUGCACUGGGCCGCUGCCCUUUCGUUGAGGAAUAUGAUCUGAGAGAAUCUCGGCCUCCACCUAGACCAAGGACUCAGACGAGGGCUGCCGGCGAGGCUAAACCCAUUCUCCAGCCUCCGAAGAUGGAGCCGCCGAGACCUGUAACAGGAAAGCGAUCAUUGGGUGAAAUGGAACGAGGUCACUCUCGUGGUUCUAGUGUUGCCUCGAUUGAACUGUCCAACCCGCCCAAAUUACCUCUUGGGCAAAUUACGGAAGGUCGCGUCAAUGCAUUCACGGGUCGUCCGGCUGGCCGUCUCUUUGGCGGAGAACCCGUUGCGUCCGGCGUACAGCCAUCGAAUGUAACCUCGGCGAUUCGAUCACAGAUGGUUUCUUCAACUGCCACGACUCCGGGUCUCAUUACUGGUUUGAGCAAGGAAGUUCAUGGUCUCCAACGUCAGGUCUUGAAGCGCAAUAGCACUGCCACCUCCCAGGACAUGAGCUCUCGUCGUAAUGCUGAAAUAGGCGCCCGAGAUGAGAUGCCGGCAAAGAGUUCUUUUGCAAUGCUUAGAACCUCAAGCCGCAAGCUAAACUUUGGUGAUGAGAGUACGGCUGAGAAGGCCAAGCUCGCACCACGAGCCGAGAAGCGAGAGGCGGCUCCACCGAAGAAAACUGAACUUAAACCUGGCUAUUGUGAAAACUGUGCCGAGAAAUAUGCUGACUUUGAUGAGCAUAUCGUCUCCAAGAAGCAUCGCAAAUUUGCUGAUGAUGAUGAGAACUGGGUCGAUCUGGAUGAUCUACUCUCUCAGCUCGAGCGCAAAGUCAAGCACAAGUAUGCCGCCUGGCCCUCAUCCCCUUCGGAAUGGCUACCACCUUCCGAAGAGCAGGAAAAGAUCUUCUAAUUCCUUACGGUACCAAUCGACUUUCGCAACGGAUUUAUAUCCGUCUUCCAUCCCCCACUCGUCCACACGCCACCAAGAACACAGCUUCUUUCAACCGUCCAUAUUUCUAAUUUC